ACGCAUAAAUUGGCUCGCGCGCUUUCUAAAUCAGUGAUUUUUAAAAACUAUAAUAUGUGUUGUGUGUGCAUUGGUGGGCUUCUAUGAGCUGUCGAAGGCGCUUAGCAGCCCUGUGAGAUUUGCUGCUUCACAAGUGUCGUCGAGGAUGUAACAGCGAUGUGCGCGCCGGCUGCUGCGGCGCUCCUACUAGCCGCGCUCUCCGCCCUGCCGUGCAAAGGAACGGACGCCGAUAGCUCAACAAUUGUGAACGAAGCCAAUGAAACAACUUUACCAACGAUAAACAAAGUCUAUCAAAUGCUGUUCGCUACCAACUCGCAUAAUGAAACCAACCCCAAGUUUAAUUACUCCCUCAAUGUUCUACAUAGUUUCGAACCUAACCAUUUCUCCAGUACCGAGAAGAUAGAUAAAUCAAAAGCAAUGUGCUGUAACAACACAGAUGUGUUAACUUUACAUAAUAUGGGAGAUGUUUUAGAUAAGGACAGGGUGAAUAGAAAGCGGCGGGUUGUGAAUGUAUUGAGGGACAUUACACUGGAAGAUAAUGUGACGUUGAACAGUUAUGUGGAUCACACCGUCACGCUGCCCAAUCUUCAGCCAAUGGCUAUGGAGAGGAGACGCAAGCCGGGAGAAUCAGGCUCCAGCGCCCCACUGCUCAAUUACAUAUUUGAUACUUAUUCAAAUACACAUCAACACAGAAAUGAGAGAGUUGGUACCGGGAACAGUAUAUACGUGGCAGUUGGGCCGGAGAUCGAAGCACUGGUCGGCUCCACAGCGCUUCUGGACUGCAAGGUGGACGCCCUACACGAUAAACUGGUCUCAUGGGUACGUCGAAAAAACGACGAGCAGCCGAUGGAAUUGCUGACAACCGGGACACAGCAGUAUACGGCUGAUGACAGAUAUUCAGCCCGCUUCAUACCACCGGACAUAUGGAGGCUGCAGAUAAAGGAAGUGAGGCCAUCUGACGCUGCGUUCUACGAUUGCCAACUGUCUGCACACCCUCCUAGAACUGCGCGUGUUACUUUGAGGGUACCUGAAGCUUCAGAAACUCUGCACCUUAAAAUCGUCUUGUUUAAUCCACCGUCUUGA